CUUCAAUUGGAUGGGAUAACCUCUUUUUCUCAUUACGUGUGGAAUAUUGACAAACCGUUUGAUAGAGACUGCAUGUUCUCGUCCAAUAUAUGGAGUAUAAGAAUAAUAAUGAAUGGGCAGCAGAAGAAGUUUAUUGGUGUGAGGAUAAGGAGAAGAAUACUAGGAGUGUGUGAGCAUGGCGAAGAAUAAACUCUGUUUUUUCUCUCUAUUUCUUGUGCUAAAUUUAGCAGUUACAGCCUUCAGCUCCCUCAAGUUUAGCAGAGAUGACUUCCCACUAGACUUCAUCUUUGGGUCUGGAACCUCUGCUUAUCAGGUUGAAGGAGCAGCAUUCCAAGAUGGGAGGACCCCUAGUAUCUGGGAUACCUUUACUCAUGCUGGGCAAUCCCAUGGAGCUACUGGAGACAUAACUUCUGAUCAGUAUCACAAAUACAAAGAUGAUGUCAAACUCAUGGUUGAGACAGGCCUAGAAGCCUACAGAUUCUCCAUUUCAUGGUCUCGACUUAUCCCAAAUGGAAGAGGACCUGUCAAUCCAAAGGGUUUAGCUUAUUACAACAACCUUAUCAAUGAACUUCUCAGCCAUGGAAUCCAGCCACAUGUUACUUUAUUCCACAGCGAUACACCACAGGCUCUUGAAGAUGAGUAUGAGGGAUGGAUUAGUCGAAGGAUUGUGAAAGACUUCACAGAAUAUGCUGAUGUAUGCUUCAGAGAAUUUGGUGAUAGGGUUUUGUAUUGGUCCACCAUAAAUGAGGGCAAUAUAUUUGCUUUGGGUGGUUAUGAUAUUGGACUCACGCCCCCUCAGCGAUGCUCUCCCCCUUUCGGAAAUUGUCCUAAAGGGAACUCCCCAUCAGAGCCAUACAUUGCUGGACAUCAUAUCUUGUUGGCACAUGCAUCAGUUACACAAUUGUACAGGGAAAAGUAUCAGGACAUACAACAAGGUUUCAUAGGGACGAAUGUCUUUGCUUAUUGGUUUGUUCCUCUAACAAACAAAACAGAAGAUAUCAUUGCUACUCAAAGAGCCCAUGAUUUCUUUCUUGGUUGGUUUGUUCAUGUCUUAGUGUUUGGAGACUAUCCUGACAUAGUGAAGAAGAGGGCAGGCACAAGAAUUCCAUCCUUCACUGAAGACGAAUCCAAACAGGUCAAGGGUUCAUUUGACUUCAUAGGGAUAAACCAUUACACCUCAGUACACAUCAAGAAUAACCCCAUGAAGCUGAAUAUGGAUUACAGAGACUUUAAUGCAGAUGUGGCUGUGGACAUGAUAGCUAUAAUAGAUGAUACAGCACCAGGUCAGUUUCCUGUUCUACCCUGGGGUUUGCAACAAUUGCUGGAAUAUUUCAAGCAAGUUUAUGGCAAUCCUCCAACCUACAUCCAUGAAAAUGGUCAACAGACAAAACGCAACUCAACAUUGAAUGACACAGGAAGGGUGAAAUAUUUGCAGGGCUACAUUGGGGCUUUGCUCAAUGCAGUAAGGAAUGGAUCAAAUGCAAAAGGGUAUUUCACAUGGUCAUUCUUAGAUGUAUUGGAGUUAUUGGACGGCUAUGGAUCAUGCUUUGGCCUGUACUAUGUAGAUUUGGAUGACCCAGAUUUGAAACGAUAUCCUAAGCUAUCUGCACAUUGGUACUCUGGCUUUUUGAAGGGAGAAAACGUCAGUUCAGAUGGGGCCAUUGGAAUUGAGAAGAAUAAAACUCCUGUUUCUAGUGCUCGAUCAAUUCAGUAGUCUGCUUUGAAUAGUUGUACUGGUGUGGAGUAUGGUUCCCUUUUACUGUCAUGUUGCUUAUGAGGGUAACAGAUUAUCAGCUGCUAUUUCCAUGCACAAGCACAUUUUCUUUCUUUAAUAAGCACAUUAAGAUGGACUAUUAUCCCAGAA